UUGAAAUGUCAAAAAAUGUCAAUUAGCCAACCACCCACGUAUUUUGUGUUAUGUCUUAUUUGUUGUUGUUACGCUUUUUAAUAAUAAAUUAUGCUUGUUAUAAUUAAUAUAAUAAUGUGAGCGCCUUUGUGAAAAUAUAUUUUAGUAGGACGAAUAAUGGAUUCAUUAAAUCAGUCGACUGACGAGGUUGUGGAGAAUGGCACUUCACAUAAUAUGUCGACUAACGAAGAUAGCUCUGUUGAACAUAACGAUGAGUUAAGUGAGUAUGACAUAUAUGGGACAACGCCGCCGAGGACACGAAUAUUACGAAGGAACCGUGCACGAAGGCAACGCGAACUUAAAGAAUAUGCAGGCGCUCAGAAAGCCAAUGUUUCAUCUAAGAGGAUCAUCGGGAGACGAAAUACAAUUUCUAAUACAUUUGAUGAGCUGAUGUCCAAAGCCGACGCUACAGAUUCUGAUCAAGGAGUUAAACGAAUUCACAAGCGGUCGAUGAAGCUUUUACGUGGUUCCGAACGUGAUCUCAAACUAGACAUCGCAAGCGCCCAAUUAAACGCCGCUAAUCAUGAGAUGAAAGUAUCGCAUCCAUUUAUUCAGGUGGAGAGUUGCAGAAGGUUCAUGAGUCUGUGCUCUCGGAGGGUGGUAUCGAAUAAUAAUAAUAAUAAAUGUGAGACGACUAUAUGUGAAACCAAGCAAGAACCUGCCAAUGUAGAGUGCCCUCAAAGUAGAAUAGAUUUCCAUAAGGCCUUAAGUAUGUUAAUAAGAAUGGGAUGUGGAGAUAAAGCUCUACCUGAUCGCAGUACCCGUAGACAUAUAAGUAGAGAAGAGCAAUUGUGGCAGAAUGAAUUUAAGGAUCUUAUUUGGUUGGAAUUGCAAGCAUGGCAUGCCGAUAGAACGCCUGCGGAACAAGACAGCUAUUUGUGUAAUGCCCGAGAAUCGAUUCAAGACCUCCUGGACGAUAUAAUGACCUAUCGUUUCAUUAGGAACAACCCACACACAUCUACGCAUAGUAACGACAGUGGCGUGGAAGAUGAAUGUUUAGGCUGUUUAUCCUUGAUCUGCUUAAGUUGCAUGGAAGCCCAGAAUGAAGGUUUAAGGGAUAUUGAAAAACUGUUAAACAGAUUAGAAGCGGCCGAAUCAUUAUUUCCAUCCAGUAGCGCCUUUGGAGAUUUGUAUCCCACUUAUACCAGCUUUGAAUUUGUAGGAAGGGUUAAGGCAAUGUGUCUUUGGUAUAACAUGACAAAGCACCAGUUACUUAAAAUAGUUAUUCUGGGACGUUUACUAACUUUAGAUGGCAAGUUCAAUACAAACCUUAUGAAUAUAUGCAACGAUACAAAUUAUUCCGUCGAUUCGUCCAGUCCUUCGGAUAGUAAUAGCUCCACAUCGUCGCAUUCUGAUUUUAAUUUUAACGCAUCGGACGUGUUGACUUCGGUUAACGCUUUACUUAACAAUGAAACACAAUGUAAAGUUUCGCCUUAUAGAAAGUAUAUUGAGAAUAUGUUAAAAACCAAGGGACUAAUGAAAAGUGUUACCUUUCUUGAAAGAUUACACCAACACCUCUUAUGGAAAGCAGAAAUAACGUUACAAAAACCAGAAGAUGAUAACAUCUUUGGAAAUACUCCUAACGAUUCCGAAGAAGAAGAACUGAUUCGUUACGGUUGUUGGAGUCCAGAAGCCAAAGCUUUACAGUUACCUAGUUAUAAAUCACUUUUCCUUUUUCUGGCGUCCGUCCCCUUGAAGGUAAUAAGAGAAUUUCUUUGUAUGAGAUUAGAACAGAAGCCGGAUAAUCCCUCACCUUUAAGUGUAAGACAACUGCUUCGCGAAUUGAAGGAAGGUAUACGUAUUGCAACACAGUACAAAGAAAGAGUGGUGGGCUAUACCGAGGCUGCUUUAAGUGACAUACAAACGAACGAUCUUGUAAACACGCAUUUGGAAAAAUACAACAGCAGUUUGUUGUUAGUAUUUGAAUUGUACUUGGACUAUGUAAAGCAAUGGGCUCUGUUGCAACACGAUACGUUUCAGAAAAGUUUGCUAGAAGACGAAUGGAAUUUCUGUUGUGAUAUUGUGCAGUUUAUACCUGACGCUUCACAAGCCGCCGGCAAGCAGUUUUGUAACAUAUUGAACCUUAUGCUCGAAUCAAUCGGCGAAAGAUUGCUGCGCAGAAUUGAGGAGUGUGAUGGUGUGUUUAAAACUGUCAAGGGCACUAUUAAUAAGAAGCAAUGCUUGAUGACCGUUUAUCGUGAGCUACAGCAACUGUUUAAUGAAGAAAGAGAAAGGUGUAUCAAAACUGUGGCAUUUACCAAGCAUUUAUUUAAAACAAGUCAUGUACCACCUGAGUAUUUACUUGAACUGAAGAGAUCUAUAAUUACAUUCAAGUGUACAAUUCCAAGUGCUAUUGAAAAAAUCGAGGCCAUGUUUGAUCUUACUAAAUUUCAAGGUCUCGAUGAGGCAGAUAAGUUAUCUUUAACAUCAAGAUGUCGGGAAAUCCUACAACAAGGUUUCCGGUUCGGAUUCGAAUUUUAUAAGGUGAUGUCCGAGCUGAUCCCGUUACAGAAGAGGGAAAAACUCACCGUUAGCAUGGUGAUAUUUGCUCAUCUUUGGAUGAAAUUUGUUAGAGAACGCUGUGAACGCGGAAGAGGAAUGCGACCACGUUGGGCAUAUCAAGGGUUAGAAUUUUUGCUUAUCGUGUGCGAACCUCACCACACCAUUUACUUGUCCGAAUCUGAGUUUGAGGAAUUGAAAAACGCCAUGGAUGCAUGUAUAUCGCACGUUAUUGGUACCACUGCUCCGUCUACACCCGACUCUGGCUUUCAUUCUUCGUCACCAAGACUGUCUUUAGAUUGUAUAAGGUCACUACCGCGUUCGCGUGGUUCUUCCCCUAGUCCAAGAGCUACCUACCGAAGCCAAAGAUCUAAUCAUAGAAAAACUAGUACUGAACGUUCUCCUAAUGUUGAACAAUUAGACCUACUGACCGUAAAUAAUACAGGGUGUCUCACUCCACAAAAAGAAGAACCUUUACAAGAUACAUAUAUUAAGAUACCUACCAGUCAAGGUGAUCGCGUUCGUGAAGCGAUUGACCAUUUAGAUUUAAACUUAGAUGAGAAAUUACGAGCUCACGAUUUGAUAGGUAGGGUGAUAAAACACACAAAAGAACCGGUUUCUAAGGUGCACUUGAGAAGACGAUACGUUACAUUUACAUGGCAAAGAGGAAUAAAAAUCGGACAAGGAAGAUUUGGCAAAGUGUACACUGCUGUGAACAAUAACACCGGGGAAAUGAUGGCUGUUAAAGAAAUCGCGUUACAACGUAACGAUAAACAUACGAUAAGACAAGUUGCCGAAGAGUUAAAAAUUCUGGAAGGUAUUUCCCAUAAAAAUUUAGUGAAAUAUUUUGGACUAGAAAUUCAUAAGGACGAAAUGUUAAUUUUCAUGGAGUUUUGCGCGGAAGGUACUUUGGAAAACCUAAUUGCAGGCACUGAGAAUGGAUUGCCUGAAUUUCUUAUACGUCGUUACACAUAUCAGCUAUUGCUAGGAGUCUCCGAGUUACACACACAUGGAAUAGUCCAUCGGGAUCUAAAGACUGCAAAUAUAUUCCUAACUGAUGACGGGAAUAGUUUGAAGAUAGGCGAUUUCGGUUGCGCUACAAAGAUCAAAGCCAACACUACCCUGCCUGGCGAAUUACAGGGCUUUGUUGGAACGCAAGCUUAUAUGGCACCUGAAGUAUUUAUGAAAACUAGUGCUGGGGGCCAUGGUCGAGCGGCCGAUAUUUGGUCUGUUGGAUGUGUCGUUGUGGAAAUGGCAUCUGGAAAACGUCCCUGGGCCGAGUACGAUUCCAAUUACCAAAUUAUGUUCAAAGUUGGAAUGGGCGAAAAACCGCAACCUCCUGAGUACUUAAUUGAGGAAGGUCACGAUUUCUUAAGUCACUGUCUACAACAUAACCCCAGAGAUAGGUACACUGCUGCAGAACUACUAGAUCAUAACUUCGUCAAAAUCGGUGACGACUUCGCAUAGAUUGUACUUACUACUAUGUAGAUUUUAUUUUAUAUAAAACAUCAUGUUGGUGUAAUUAAUACUUCAGUUUCUACAUUUGUGUAAAGAAACUCAUACAGAUGUAAUUUUAUACGCUUGUGGUAGGAAUAAGUAGUUUUUUAACAAAUUAAGCAGUAAGAUACCUUACAGAUGUGAUAUGCUCACCUUCAUUGGAUCUAAAACUCCAUUUGAAGUGUGAAUUUUGUUGUUUAUUUUUUAACAAUUCUCCCGCAUUUUACGGUUCAUAAUUUGUUUAUGGGAGUGCAUGGUACCUGCCUUUUAAUUUUGAAUUUAACUAACUUAAUCAUUCUGAUAGUGAAUUAUUUUUUUUACAAUAUUAAUUACAGGUCUAUGUUUUAAUUUUAAGGCAUUCUAAGAGUUACAAGCUUUUCACCAUACUUCACUUUUGUGUGAGGUUAGAUGUAAAGGUGUACUAUCAGAAUGAUUGAAUUAUGUAAUUGUGUUUUAUAAUGUAAUAUGUAAGUACCUCCUACACAAAAUAAGGGUAAUUUUUUAACAAUGGUUCAUAAUGUGUAUUUGUUUAACAGCAUCAUUUUGAGAGUGUAGAGUUUUAAUAAAUCUUAUUUUGGCGUUCCA